GGCCAACAGGUGCUCGCUCGGUAGCUGGCAUCAGUCAGUCGUGUCUCAGCAAUCGCAGCGUUUGAAAGUGUUGGCGGUAUCGGAUUCACCGGUUAAAAGUCUAUAGCGUAGAUUGAUAUUCGUAUAUUUAAUUUUGAAAACGAUUCGAGUAUAUAAAAGAAAUGCAUUUAAUUAAAAAGUUGUGAUGAAAUUUUGUGAAACGAAAAAUUAUUCAACGUAAUUUCCAAUGCAUUGCUUGCAUUUUUAAAUGAAAAAAUGAAAUGAAAAUUUCAAAGCGCAAAUGAAAUAAAACUGUAACAAAAUCAACUCUUAUCAACUUAUCACCAUCAAACAUUCGUUAAGCAGUUUGGAAGAAAGGUUCACCCGCAACACACCGGACAGGAGCACAACUAAGACGCUGCCAAAAGCGCACACAUCCCAGUAUCGAGCUGCACCUGUAGAACUGCGUCUUAAUUUAGUCCACUCAUCUGUGCCACUCGAAUCACUGCAGCCGGUGUAGUGCACCCCUGGAAAAAAUGGCGCCGCAACCAACAUAUUGGAAAGUUUUAACUCGACGAAAAGUUUUGUCCGCCGAAGGUGCGGACAGUGAUACGAAGCUCAAUCGGGUGCUUGGUCUAUUCGAUCUCACCGCCUUGGGCGUUGGUUCCACGUUGGGUGCAGGCGUUUAUGUGCUAACCGGCCAAAUAGCCCGCGAUCAAGCUGGCCCUUCGGUGAUGUUGUCUUUCGCCAUUGCCGCGUUGGCAUCCUUGUUUGCUGGCAUAUGUUAUGCCGAAUUUGGUGCGCGUGUGCCAAAGGCCGGCUCUGCCUACGUUUACAGCUAUGUGUGCAUAGGGGAGUUCGUCGCCUUCGUCAUUGGCUGGAAUCUGAUGCUGGAGUAUAUUAUUGGCACAGCGAGUGUCUGUCGCGGCAUAAGUCUCUAUUUGGAUACGCUCAUAAAUGAUACGCUCAAGAAUACGUUUGCUGAGGUAGCGCCGAUUAACGUCAGCUUCCUGGGCAGCUACUUCGAUUUCUUCGCCUUUGGGCUGGUGAUCGUAUUCGGAGUUGCGUUGGCUUUUGGCGUGGAGACUUCAGCUUUAGCAAACAAUUUCUGCACCAGCCUUAAUAUUUUGAUUCUUGUGUUUGUAAUUGUAGCAGGCGCUAUAAAAGCCAACUUCGCGAACUGGUCCAUCGAUCCACAUACAGUUAACGCCACCAUCGCAGCGCAUGAUAUCGGUUCCGGCGGCUUCUUUCCAUUCGGCUUCGCGGGCACGCUCAAGGGUGCAGCUACCUGCUUCUUUGGCUUUGUCGGCUUCGAUUGCAUCGCCACCACCGGCGAAGAGGUGCGCAAUCCACGCCGCAACAUACCGCGUUCCAUUCUGCUCUCACUGCUGAUAAUUUUUCUCUGCUAUUUUGGUGUCUCUACGGUGCUCACACUCAUGGUACCCUACUACGAACAAGAUCCAAAUGCUCCGCUUCCAUUCGCCUUCAAGCAAGUUGGCUGGACGUUCGCCAUGUGGGUGGUGGCUGUCGGAGGCCUCAUCGGCUUGUUGGCCAGCUUAUUUGGCGCUUUGUUCCCUUUGCCGCGGAUCAUGUACUCCAUGGCUGAAGAUGGUUUGCUUUUCCGGUUUUUGGGCAAAAUUAGUCCGCGCUACCGGGUGCCGGUUAGUGGCUCCAUCUUUGCCGCCGUAUUCACAGCUUUGAUGGCCGGUUUGUUUGAUCUACAGCAGCUCGUAAGUCUCUUGUCAAUCGGCACUUUGCUGGCAUACAGCGUUGUGGCAAUUUCAGUUACGAUUCUCAGGUACAUGGAUUCCACGGAUGGUUCGGAUUGUGAGAGUGGCAAUCAGCCGCCAACCGAAAAUUCCAUGCUCACCUCAACGGGCACGCGUAUCACUACCAAGGCUGUACUCGUGCAAUUUUUCAAUAUCAAGCGGCUGGACACACCAAGCUCGCUGUCGACGCGAAUUGUAGGCAGCUUGAUUACUAUUUUCUGUCUUCUCUCUCUGGGCAUUGGUCUCAUACUCAAAGAAGCUUACGAUGCACUGCUCCACAACCAACUAUGGGUACUUAUUCUGCUGCCCGUACUAGUGACACUUGCAUUGCUAGUCUUGGUCGCGAUUUGUCUACAACCACGUGAGGCUGUCAUAAACACAUUUCGUGUUCCUUUCGUUCCCUUCGUACCUGCCAUAAGCGUGUUCAUUAACAUCUACCUAAUGUUGCAACUGGACGUGAUGACUUGGAUACGUUUCGGAAUAUGGAUGUUGAUAGGCAUACCGAUUUUAAUUAUAAGCUGGUGCAUGUACGACAGUUGCAACCCUGACAAGCGAAAUCCAGAGCGCAUCAGCUUCGAGCGCGCUUUAAGGGAGACUGCGCGCAAGGCUAAGCCACUCAACGGUCAUUUGCCCAAAAACAUCAAAUCCAAUGGCGUUUUAAAAAAAUCAAAGAGCGCCAAUGGUGUCGCCAAUGGCACCAAUUUCAGCACACAAAACGAGCAUUCGGUGAGAAGUCUCGAUGAAAUUAUGAAUAUGAAUGAGGUCAGUGACGAUUUGAUAGAGAUGAGGCAUCCAAAUGGCAAAGUUUUCUACAUCGAGGAUGAUCGAAGUCACACAUCGAAGAGCUCUGCGGAGAGAGUGGAUACGGAGAAAGAUGGCGCACGCGAAGAUGAGAAGUCUGUCAUAGCAAUGCUAGACGAUGUAUUGCAAGCAGCAGAUGCUGGUACUACAAUAACGUCCAACAUGCCAGAUUAUCGGAAAUUCAGUGUUGAUUCAGAGAUGCUGCCGAGUGUAAUUGAGAUGAAUACAGUGGCGACAGUGCAUACCAGCAGCAAUUCGUCAGACGAGUUGGAGGCAGUGCCUGAGAUAGAGAGUAAAAAAAGUUCGAGCAACAGCAGUCUCAGUAGUGGUACGGAAUGUUUCACAGCCAGCCAACAGGCGGCGCAAAAGUUGGUUGAUGAAAUUCUGAAUAGCGCCGAGCUGAUGGAAGCCUUGGAGCGGCACAAGUCUCUCAACGAAGCAGUGAACCUUCAAUUUUCAGCAACAACGGAAGCGGCAAAUGAGAGGGAAGAAACACAAACAAUGCUACAGCCAUCAAUCGAAGUGGUGAUAGAAGAAGUAGCACAAAAAAAGCUACAGCCGCCAGCUGAGAAUGAUGCGCAGCCAACUCAAAACGUUGCAGCGACUACCCUCACAAAUGGAGCUACAGUACUUAAUCGCACAAGCUCCGGAGCUUCUAUGCUCAGCAUCGAGGAUCCCAUUCAUUCGGAUCAGUUCAAGAAUAGACUUAGUAAAAUAUUAAUGGUCCCACCAGCUCAAGCACUGACACAAAAAAUAGCCAAAGAACCCACGCUCAAAGAGGAGACGCCUAACCGUCCAUCGCUCAAGCAUUCAAAAAGCGAAACAGACGUUCGCCAUCUGGUUUUGAAAGCCAUUGAGAACACUGCUCUGGCUGGAUUAAACGGCGAAACUUCCGAGCAUGAAUCGAAUGCUAACGACAUACCAAAGCCACCAAAAUUCGAUCCAAUACUGUACAAAACUAUCAAUAACCUGCGCCCCAAUAAAGAACGCCCUAGUCUCCAACGACUACUGGAAGACGACGAAAAACCAAUCGCGCUUAAAGUAGGUGGACCCACAAAAGCUGAUGAACAAGCAACAGAAGAGCCAGCGCUGCCAUUCAAGCAGAAAUUGGAAGCCGUACUCAAACGCGGUCCCUCGCAUCGUACGCAGAAACGGCCAGAACCGGUGCCUAUACGACGACCAAAGUCAGUGGAACCAAUAUCAGUGCGAGAAGAGGAAGAGAGCGGAGUGCUUCAACUCAAGCAGAAUGGCCAAGUGAGCAGACGCAUCGCGAGAUCGGAGAGCAAUAUCGCGACCACAAAAGCUGCCGAGGGCAAGGAGAUGAUUAGCAACGCACGAAAUCAGCUAAAACAUGUGCGUAACGGCGCUGUGGAGCUGUAUGGGUAGCAGACGGGGGGUAGCAUUGAACUUGUUGAUAUUUACAAGCGUACAUAUAUGGGUUCCUAUUUACCAGAACAUAAUCGCAUAUAUGUGUGUACACUUAUUUAUAUGAACUGCAUUUUAGUAUUGUAGCUGUUAAAGAUAUUUAUUGAUGUAAUUUACUAUACAAAUACUUAGCUAGUUACAAAUACUUAGCACUCAAGUAAACGGCUCAAAGCUCAAAGCACAAAAGCUUUAUUGUAGAUAUAUACUAAUUGGUAGUUUACGUACUUAGUAUUUUACGUACAUAUGUAAGUAGGUCUAACCAAUAUUACAUUAUGUAUUUAUGUACAUAUACAUAUGCAUAUAGGUUUGCAUGAAUAUAAAAACUAAUUUACAGCAUGAUUUUAAAACUUCAAGCGAUUUCAAAGGCCGAAAGCUUCGACAUGAAGUCCUUGGAAGAGCUCAAAGCAUUCACAGGAAAUCUAACACACGCUUAAUAUUUAAAAUAUGCCAAAAGAGAAGAAAAAUGCAUGCCGGAUUUUUUAAUGACUAUGUAUUGUGUAUGUACGACGGAUAUGACUUAUGAGAAUUUAGUAGAUUUUUAUUCCUUAAUACUAGUCGUUAGAACUUAUAGCCGUGCGUCUAAAGGAGCUCUUUAUCAAAUACAUAAACAAUUCAUAAAUUUGACUCGAUACGUAUUUUGUCUUUUAAUUUUUCUUACAAAAUUUUUUCCAAAAAUUUCACACAUCUUUACAAAACAUUACCAUCUUUACCAUAUUUUCUAUCUGUAUAUGUACUUUGUAUGUAUGUUUGUACACCUUCUUUUAACCCCUUUCACAGGCUUGUCAAUGUACUUUUUCUAUGGACUACCGAAUAGUUUAAGACAGUUAAAGAGGCAGCGUAACGGUUGGCAAAAACUGAAAUACAGUAACU